AUGUUAAAAGUAACUGUUCACAAUGCAGAACGUAUUCCUAAUAUGGAACGAUUUACUAAUGUUGAUCCAAUGGUGACAGUUAUUUUUCAAGGUAUGUACAUCGAAAUAUUUAUUAUUGAUAAAACAAAACGAAUGAUGGAUGAUGUUAAUGUUGCAAAUAGAGAUGGACUUUUUCGAGUUAUUAUACACAAUGUUAAUAAUGUUCCUUCAACAGAAAGAUUUCGAGGAUCACCAGAUCCUUAUAUAAAUAUCUUUUAUCAUGGUAUUAAAAAACAAACUAAUUGGCAACGAUCAACAUGUGAUCCAAAAUGGGAAGAAACACUUGAUUUUCCUCUUAAUGGUAUUCCAAUUCAAAGUACAGACACACUUGAAAUUCAUCUUAAAGAUCAUGAAACAAUUGGAGCUAACAAACUUAUUGGACAAGGAUCAGUACUAUUAAAUGAUGUUAUGCGUACUAGUACAAUAAAACGACGUCUUGUUCAAUUAACAAAUCCUCAAGGUGUUCUUCUUGAAGCUACUAAAUUAUAUAUUACAUUGGAAUAUACUUCACCAAGUUCUACUGAAAAAAUGCCAAUAAGUUUAAAAAGUGGUGAUCCAAAUCAAUUUGAUGAUGUACCUUUACAAAAUAUUGGUGAUACAUCAUGGGCAUUAGAAGCUAGUGGUGAUCAAGGCAUGAAACGACCAAUUAAAUCACGAUCAAUGAAAGCACAAGAUUUUCAAAUUCGAAUUAAAAUUUUUCAAGCUCGUCAAUUAGAUGGAAGUAAUUUACAUCCUGUUUGUCGUGUACGAGUUUUUACUUCUGUUAAACAAACAAAAAUUCAAAAAGGAACAAAUCAACCAUAUUUUAAUGAAGUUUUCUUUUUUAAUAUAAAUAUGUCUGAAGCUGAAUUAUGUGAUGAAAUGAUUGAAUUUGAAGUUUGUAAUUCGAGAACACUUCGAGCUGAUAUGAAAAUUGGUACAUUUAAAAUGGAUAUUGGUUAUAUUUAUUCUCAACCAAAACAUUCAAUUAAUCGAAAAUGGUUAUUAUUAAGUGAUGAAGAUGAUCGAAUGGCUGGUGCUAGAGGUUAUCUUAAAGUAUCUGUUAAUAUAUUAGGUCCAGGUGAUGAAGCACCGUCACAAGAAAAUGCUGCUGAUGAUGAUGAUAUUGAAAGUAAUCUAUUAAAACCAGCUGGUCUUAUGCUUCGUCCAGCAACAUUUGUUUUAAAAGUAUAUAAAGCAGAUGAUUUACCAAGAAUGGAUAGUGCAUUUUUAAAUGGAGUUAAAAAACUUUUUCAUGCAGCAGAAGAUAUUAAAGAAUUAGUUGAUCCUUAUGUUGUUUUUUCAUUUGCUGGACAACAAGUUUCAACAAAAAUUAUUUAUACAUGUUCACAUCCAGAGUUUAAUCAAGAACUUCGACUUGGUCUUAAAUUUCCAUCAAUGUGUGAUAAAAUAGUACUAACUGUUAUGGAUUGGGAUCGUCUACAAUUCGAUGAUAUAACAUGUUCAACAUUACUUCAUAUUAAUCGUUUAUGUGAUGAUCGAGAAAAUGGUAUUAAUCAUUAUAUGGACAAAAUAUCAUCUGAUGAUAUAGUUUCAAGAAAUUUUCUUCAUCUUAAACAAAUAAGUCAAUUAAGUGAUGAGGGUUUUCUUCCAACAUUUGGUCCAUGUUGGAUUAAUUUAUACGGUUCACCACGUGAAUAUUCUGAAGUUCCAACAGUAUUAGAUGAAUUAAAUAGUGGAAAAGGUGACGGUGUUGCUUAUCGUGGUCGAAUAUUUGUUGAAUUACAAACAAUUCUUGGUGAAACUCCAAAUGAACCUAUUGGUGAAAUAUCAAAUUCAGAUUUAAUUCGUACAUUACCAUAUCAAUCACGAAAAAAAUAUAAAUUACAUGCAGCAUUUCUUGAUGCUUGUAUGUUAUAUGAACAUGAAUCAACAAUUGAAUUUGAAAUAAGUAUUGGAAAUUAUGGAAAUAAAUUUGAUGAUCUUGUUGGUAAUGCAAGUUGUUCAACAACACCACCAGCAAAUCCUGUUUUUGAUGGAACAUCUUAUUAUUUUUUACCAUGGGGACAUAUAAAACCAUGUGUACAAGUUGCAAGUGAAUGGGAAGAUAUUACUUUUCGUUUAGAAGCAAUGAAUCAAUUAUCAAAAAUUCGAUUAUUUAUUGUAUAUUAUUAA